AUGAAUCCGAGCUCCGACUUCUUCUGUCCACCGCUGCGUCUGAAUGUAGAUCUUCCCCGUCAAGUGUAUCCCUUUCACAGCUGUGCUUCACCUUUCACUUAUGUUUACGUUGAGCUCGCGUUCCGAGAUUCGCACGGCGUACUUCUCAAACCUUCAGUGCCUUGCUCUACCAAUUUCUUCAUGCUCGGAAUCAAGCUCGCCGUCGUACUCAUCCUUGUCAUCGCCAUCCUGCGUAGAAUAAGUAACCAGCUGAGUGUUGUGAUUGAUGUUCCUGGAGAGGAUGAAUCUUAUCAUCUCCAGCCGAGAUUGUUUGGAAAGAUAGUACCAGCGAAGUGCAGAUAUGAAGUACUAUCAACAAAAGUCGAGAUCCGUCUUGCAAAAGCAGAGAUCAUCACAUGGGCCUCUCUUGAACACGGCAAAGGGCUAGCGGUUUUGCCGAAGCCAAAUUUCUUAUCAGAGGUUUCAAAGAGACCGGCGUAUCCUUCUUCCAAGAAAGUGAAGGACUGGGACACGUUUGAAGCCGAAGUGAAGAAACAGGAGAAGGGUGGGAAGCUGGAAGGAGACGCUGCUUUGAACAAGUCUUUACGUGAGAUAUAUUCGAAUGCCGAUGAGGAUAUGAGACGUGCCAUGAGCAAAUCUUUUGUGGAAUCAAAUGGGACAGUGCUGUCAACAAACUGGAAAGAGGUUGGGGCUAAGACAAUCGAGAGCACUCGUCCGGAUGGCGUGGAGCUCAAGAAAUGGGAGAUCUAAUCUUCCUUUGUGAUACUUGGUCCCUUUCCUUCAUGUAAUGAGGAUCCUAAGAUUUCAUUGCUUUUGUCAAAUAUGUCUCUUCACAACUUUUUUGAUGUUUUCAUCUGAAUAUUCACAGAUCACUAUUCUCAAGUGUCUUGUUAAAACUAUAUCCGCAAAACUAAAUAGCCAAAGCCAAGUAGGCAACUGUAUAUGAGAUUUUCCUACCAAGGGAAGAUGAACUUGUAUGUCAAAUUGCAUUGGUAAUGAUUACACAAUCUUUCACACAUCUUACAGUCUAGAACUGUUUUAAAGUGUUUGAUAUGGGUUUGUUUGGACACGUUUACAAGAGACUGUAAAAUGGAUAAUGAGUUCAAAUCCCUUUCAAGUUUCUGGUCAAGGUUUCAAACAUUUGAACUGUCUUCAGUAAUGUAUGGGCGAUGAGUUAAGGGAUUAGACAAGAGUUUCGUUUAGUUGAUACAUUUUUUUAAUGAAAUUUCAAAUUUAUUAAUCCAUUGAGGUAACUAUCAUUUAUAAAAGAAUACUAAGACCACCUGUGGCUAUUUUAUUUUGCUAGGCUACGAGAAUAACUGGAAAAAAAAACUGAGAACAGUUCCGACUGUGCAAAAACCAACGCUGAAGAAGUCCGACAAGCUUGUGACCAGCUCUGUACUUGAGGGAUGAUAUGCGAUCGAUUGUGCAUCAUCUUAUCUAUGACAGUGCGCAUAGCAUCGACAGUUGAUACAUUAAAAUGGUAAAAUAAUUUAGUUCAUAUAUUUUAAUGGUCUUUUCUAAGAUAAAAUGUAAAAUUCCAUUACAAGUUCGUGUAUUGUUAUGGGUGUACAAAAGUUGGUAUUUUAAAAGUGGUACGUAAUAGUAAUCUAUUUAAUAUAUUAAUAUGGUAAGAGCACCUAUAACAACAAUUUUUAGAGAAGUUCUAAACGUUUAAGAAAAAAAAAUAUAGGAGAGAAAAUGACCAAAAGUUCUAAUAUUAGAGGUUUUUAAAAGGGAAAUUAGGCUGUAUAACCAAACAAAAACGUAUAAUUCAUUUCAUAACCAUUUACCCUAACAUUUUUAUACACGGUGUUAACUUUAUAAAUUAAUACUAUAUUGCCCCUUCUUGCAACCGGUGAAACCUGAAACAAAAAUAAAUAUUAUUCUUAAUUAUUAUUAUAUCUAAAAAGUAAAACAUGGCUUUACUAACUUCACAUCAUUCCUUUUUAUUUCUUGCUAACUUCGUAACCUUUGAAUGCUCUCCGACACCGCUUCGCUCCACAUCGUCACCUCCACCGGAUUAACAUUGAAUUGUUGACUUCUUCUUCAUUCUUUGCAAGCGCGUCCUCUUCUUCUCGUCUGAAAUCGUCGGUCACACAACGGCGUUAAAGUGUCAGUGACGAGUAGUAUGAGACCGUUCCUAUUCCACUUCACAUCGUCGAUUCUUCUCAGAUCUCUGGAACUACAGUAAGUUCUCGGGUGUUUACCUUCGAAUUUCUUCAUAUGUUGUUAUUUUUCUUUUCUAUUUGGGAUAUUUUCGGAAUUAAGGUACUAUAAUUGGUAAAUCUACAACCUCGUUACCAUUGCAUGUCGGAUCUGAUUUUUGCGCCGAAGUUCGCCAAUUGAUUUAGGGUUUCGGUUUCCCCGAUCGUUCUUGAUUUUGAAUUUUAUGAAAAAUACAUAGUAAGUAGUAUAGUAAUAUAAUUUGUUAUAUGGAAUAGCAUCUGUAAUACAACUUGUAUGCGUGAGAUCUCUUACGCCUAUUUAUAUUUGAGAUGGAAUAGGAAAACUAUAUGUUCAAACUAUUCUAUUUGAGAUGAAAUCGAUUGACAACGUAUUCUACUUGAGAUGGAAUUGAAUGAUCUGUAACGUAUGUGCUACCAUUUUUUAUCAACAAUCGUAUUGUUUGAAAUAUAAAAGGUUAAUUUAUAUAUAAAAUAGAAUGAAUUACUUUGUCAUAACCAUGUUUUCCUCUUACUUUGUUCUUUAGGUUUGGCAUGGACGAAUUAAGCCUUCGUAGUAGAUUUUUUAAGACAUGUUUUGAACCCACUGAAAAGACGGAUUAACCAAUAUUUCAACCUCCGCUGGUUUGAGAUGAUCAGGAAUGCAUUAGAGGGUUCAAUCUUGUUCGUUGUUAUUUCAUGUUCUCUUGACAUAAAUGGAAUAAACCUUUUAUGUAUAAAAAGUUUUAACGUAGGCCACUUGUUUGAAUGUAUACAGUGAAAAUAUCUUGGUAACUCCAACUCACUACGUGUCUUUCCCCUAUUCUCUCAAAUGGAAUAGAUGUAACCAACUUAUAGCUAUUUAUUCCAUUGCAUUUGUCGUCACCUCUUCUACCACAGACGCCAAGCUUCUAGAAAACACAGGUUAGGGCAAUUUAAUGUUUCUCUAUUUCCAUUCCAUUCAUUGUAAAUGAAAUGGAAAGGCUCCGAUUUACAGUCCUUUCUGUUUAGAUUUGGAUUUGGGUUCUCGAAGAUUGUACGUUUGGUGUUCAUAUAUGAGGUAUUAACAAUGAUUUAUGCUCACUAAAUUUGGUUUGUCUUAGCAUUACGGUUUAUAUUUCCUAACUUGAAUAAAAGUCUUCUCGUAACCCUAUACACAUACCCCUUCCCUAGUCAUUACCUUAUGCUCCUUGUUUAAAUUUAGAAGGUGAAAAUAUCUUCGUUAAUGGAGAGGUGUACGUGGCAUCCUCCUACUCUUUCAUAUGUACUUGUUGUCAUCAAUUUGUGUUAAGUGUUUAAUGUCAGGUGUAGUUUUACCACUCCCCCAUUAGACUUGUAUCCAAGUGACAUAGUAUACAGUAUAUGGAAUGGAAAAUGUACAACAAUAUAUACAUGUCACUCUAAGAUUUGUAUCUACGUUUCCCACUGCAUAUUCCAUGUUGUCAUGAGGUUUAUAUUUCCAUAAGAUGUGGUAUCCCUAGGGGUUUAUAUUUCCCUAACUUGGGUUUAGUGUUUAUACUCAACUGUUGUAUUACCAGAAGCUGAUGUUAUGUAUUUCGUGUGGCUAAUUAAGAAUGUAAAUACCUAUUUCUGUGUAUUAAUGCACGCAUAUUUAGUUUACCAAAGAUUUCGCUUCCCUGUGCUGGAUUGGGGUUUAUAUUUCUCUAUCUUGGGUUUAGUAUUUGAUGUCAAGUGUUCUAUUAUCAUACCCCUAUCUUUGUAUUUGAUUUUGCUCAUGAAGUGUCUAAAUACAUAUGUCCCCUAGUAUGCCAGGUGGAUUUAAUUUCAAAAAGGUUUGGGUUCCGUUACCUAUGUCUUGGGUUUAUAUUCCCGUAACUUGGGUUUAGUGAUUACUCUCAACUGUUCUAUUAUCACCUCAGUUAGUUUUGUAUUUCAUCUGGCUCAUUAUGAAUGUAAAUACAUGUCUCCAAGCUGCCAUUAUAAUACUUAAAUAUAUACAUGUUGUACUCUGCAGCUAGCGUUUAAUGUGUAGUUUUACCACUCCCUCAUUAGAUUUGUAUCCAACUGACAUAGUAUACCGUAUAUGGAAUGGAAUGGUUUGGUUCGAACACCCAUCUUUUAUGUCUGCCACUCCGGGUAUUGAUAAAAUAGUUUCAAUUGGACUCCUUCAUAAGUUGGAUCUAUCUUCUCUCUUACUCCUCUGACUAAAUCAUACAUGUUCAUAUCACGGUAGAGGUUAAUGUAGUGCUCACCAAUGAAGGAAUGGUCUGGUUCGAACACCCAUCUUUUAUGUCUGCCACUGACCCAAAAUCCAACAACCAGUAAAACCUUAUCUUCGCUAUUCAUCUGCAAUUAAAAGUAAGUGAAAAUCCAUUUAUAUUUCAAAAUUUAUUCCAUUACAGAUUCAGAAUAAUAUUAUUGUAUCAGAAAAGAGUAAAUUUCCUAUGAAACUAGGUUUAUUAGAAUAUUCUCACACGAACUUACCUCCUUCUUGCUUCCAAGCAGUGAAUCUGUAACUUCCUUCACUUUGUUGCUUCUGAGAGUCUUCACAUAGAUUACAGUGAUUAUUAUAUGGAAUACACCAUUUAUGGUUUUCUUUCAUUUCACCAUUUAAGAUUAGCGGUGCUAAUUUCCACCACUCGUUUACCUCUCCACAGUAAAAAUAUCUUCAGUACAUCUAACUUUCUACGUGGUUUUCCCCUACUCUUUAAUACGGAAGAGCUGUAACACACAAUUGCAAAUUUAUUGCACUAACUACAUCAUCGCCUCUCCCCAACCGCACACUUCACCGUCUUUGUUGGUGAUUAAAUUAGUAAAUAAUAAACUGUAAAUCUAUUCUAUUUCUUCCAAAUAGAAUGGUAAAUACUCUCAUAUGAAAUGGAACAUGCAUAAGUUGGAUGACUGAGCGGAGAUAUUCUAUUUCCAAGUUGGGUGACUGUGUAAGUGCAUCAGUUUAUUUAUGCUGACAUCAACUGUCGCUAUAUUAUGUAUAUGCUAUUUUAAUUGGAACUAUAUAUGUAUUUCUACUACUCUAUAAAAAAUAUAUAGUAUGGUAAUACGAUUCUUGCAUUCUCCGUUUGUUUAACGUUGUUUCUUUUACACUUCCGAUUUUCAUCUACUCCUCUCUCUGCAUAUUUUCCUUCCUUUGAUUUUCAUUUCACACGCUUCCAAAAUUCUCUCAUUGUUACUAUGAGUCACAAAAUCACCACGUCGUUUACUUUAUGUGAAGGAACCGGGUACCUGUUACUUAGAAAGGUAUAACCGGCUGGAAUGAUGGCAAAAAGACAGUCAUUACAUUCUGUCAAAAUCAUAUCUAUUCUCUUGAUUUCUCUCUAAAAUAUAGCUAUUAGGCCAAUAAGCCCUUUUUAAAAACUGCUCUGACACCGACAAAAUAGAUGUCACUCACCGAAGAGAAAUUGGUGAUUUAACUGAUUUGAAAUAAUAAAACAAAUUCAAGUAAUUAUAAUAAUAAUUUUUUUUAUUUAGAAACUCUCAUGGUGUUUUACCAUUGGAGUAGCUCUAACAUCUUAAGUUAGUAUAUUUUAUGGAAUUUUCUUAAUUAAAGGUAAGAUUUUCAUCUUUCUAGUUAUUGCUCCUUAACAACAAAUCAAUUGUAAAAUUUACAAAUUUCACCGAAGUAUUUACAAAAAUGUAAACUUUUUUUUUGUAAAGAGAAAAAAUGUAAAAAAAAAAUUUGGUCUAAAAAAAAUGUAAACUUUUUGCGUUAAUACAUGUAUAUAAAUGAAACUUGCACCCAAGAAAAAUAAAGAGAAAACGCAGAAAAGAAAGUUAGAAAGAAGUUUUUUUGGUGUGUGUGUCUAAAGAAACAGUAUGGAUCGUGGCUUCAUCUUCGCUAUGUGCGUUGAUCAUAUUCAUAUCGCUUUAUCUAUGGCACUGCUGUCGCUCCGACC